ACAUGGCAAUCUCGUGAAUAUUCUGUACAGAAAACCAUUUUCUGCCUUUCAUCAAACUUCCCUCAGCGUUUUUCUGUACACGGGUCGGGUUGACAUGUUUGUGCACGGGAAAAGUGUACUUGCCACGUUGUGUGUGUUGUUGAUUCAUCUUGGGAAAUUUGGAGUUAAUGCAGAAGUCGGAUCUACUGUAUGUACCGACGGUGGAACGGAAUGUGACGCCCACGCCAACACCGCCUGUGAUGUAGCGGGAGGGAGUCUCGUCUGUAUCUGUAACGUGGGAUAUGUUGCUGCUACUGACAAACUUGCAUGCACAUAUGACUGCGGCACUGUUCCUACGCUUGCGGAUGGUUCUGCAGACACUACAUCUCUGAUGGCCGUUACGUACACGUGUAACGCCGGGUUCGAACUUGUCGGUACAGACACCAUCAACUGUGUGGAUGGAAUUGGUUGGGAAACGAUAAUAGCCACGUGUCAAUGUCCAGUUUUGACAGCACCGACGGGCGGAACUGUAAAUGCGGACACCGGAACUAACGUCGGUUGGUAAUUCCGCAACCUACACGUGUAACACGGGCUUCAAGCUGGUUGGGGAUAGCACAAGAAACUGUGUUUCCGGCACGGGCUGGGACGGCGCAGAACCCACGUGUAUCACAGAUUGUGGAGCCCUUGUAAGCACGGGUAAUCUCGGAGUGACCCUCCUUGACACUGUUCUGAAUUCUGUGGCCACUUACACCUGCAGUGGCGGAUUCAUCCUUGUGGGGACCAACACUCGCACGUGCAUAGAAGCUGGCUGGGAUGGGAAUGAACCUACGUGCU